AGUGAGCGUCACUAUUAUGUCGACACGAUGGCAAAACCUCCUCGUUCUAUUUGGGUUCAUCCAUUUGAAGAUCCUCAGUUUCUGAGAUCGGCAGGCAUAUCCUCUCGCGAUCUCAGCGAUGAUGAUCACUCUUCCUCUGAGGAUCACCACCCUCGUCCUAUAUCCCCGUCUCCUGGAUCUUUCAGACCCGACUCCAAAGACCCGCAUUCUAGCUCUAAAUCAAACUCCGACUAUCUGAGCGUUCCUGGCGCCUCCACCUCUUCUCCCGCUUCAAGUUCGGUCCGUACUUCUUCCUCCACUAACGAAGGGAAGCAGAAAGAGCGAGGCUUCUUUGGGAGGCUAAAAGAUUCCGCCAUCGGCACUAAAGAGGAGCGUGCCGCAAGGAAACUAGAAAGGAAACGAGAAAGGGAAAGGGUUCGCGCUGAACGCGAGCAACGUCAUCGUGAAGAAGAGCGCCGCUUCAUCGAGGCCCGUAAUCGAUACGUUGCGGAGCGACAGAGGAUGGUCGAGGAAGAGCGUGAGGCCUACAGGAGACAAGGUAUUCCUUAUCCGAACUACGGAGACGGGUAUUCCGGGGCACCGCAUCCAGGAGCGUAUGGUGGUCCCGUUUACAUGCCUCAGUAUGGGUAUGGACAGAGUCCGUAUGGUAGGCGCGGUGGGGUGGGAGGGGGCACCGCAUUGCUUGGGGGCCUACUUGGAGGGUUGUUACUGGGUGACAUUCUAUUCUAGAUUUUCACCCGUUUCGCUGGUCACCUUUGUUUUCUCUUUGGUUCGGGACAUAUCUAUAUUUGCAGGUCAUGUAGUGAUCGAACAAUACUGAGCAGUCAAAGUAUAUGUAUAUAGGUCCGCAGUCUCCAUUAAUUAAUGCUGUGAUCGGUAAGUGCUCACCGUAG